GGAAAGGCAAAAAAGCAAAAAAAAAAAGAAAAAAGAAAAAAAAGAAAAAAAAAGCGAAAAACCUCACUCCCCUGAAUGCAUAAGCAUUCCUCAAACCGACGCGCGGAAGCGAUUUCUCCUCACCUCGAAACCCUAAGUCUUUCAUUUCUCAUCUCCUCUUUCCAUAAUCUCCUAAAAUCGCGAAUUAGGGUUUUGCGCCAUGGAUUGGUAAUGGAGUCUAGGGUUUCGUUGUAGCCCUAUUUAGUGCUCUUGUGGGGGUUGGAAUCGAAGUAGCGUUUUUGUGUGAUCAUGAGCGCCGUCAACAUAACGAACGUGACGGUGUUGGACAACCCCGCCGCUUUCCUCAACCCUUUCCAGUUCGAGAUAUCGUACGAAUGCUUGGUUCCCCUCGAGGACGAUUUGGAAUGGAAACUCAUAUAUGUUGGAUCAGCUGAAGAUGAGACAUACGAUCAAUUACUUGAAAGUGUGCUUGUUGGUCCUGUUAACGUUGGGAACUACCGUUUUGUUUUCCAGGCUGAUCCACCUGACCCAUCAAAGAUUCGUGAAGAAGAUAUAAUUGGUGUCACUGUGCUUCUGUUGACUUGUUCCUACAUGGGCCAAGAGUUCAUCAGAGUAGGUUACUAUGUGAACAAUGAUUACGAUGAUGAGCAACUGAGAGAAGAACCGCCUCCGAAGGUGUUAAUUGAUAGAGUCCAGAGAAACAUUUUGGCCGACAAACCUCGUGUCACCAAAUUCCCAAUCAAUUUCCAUCCCGAACCCAGUGACACUGCAAGGCCGCCACAGCAGAACCCCGCCGCUUCACCUGAAAUUCGACCCAGCGACGAUACUCAUAAUGAUCAGAAUAUCUGAUGGUGUGGCAAGAAAAGAGUUUUUUAUUUGCUUACAAUUUUGCAUAGUUUGUAGAAUUAGGAGUUUCAGAAUGGCUUGGUAGGUGGCUGGAUCGAUGUGAAAAGAAAGUUAUGCUUUACAUGAAUGUUGGUCCACUUUGGUUGGCCAAAUGUUGUCUCGUGGGUCGACAGGAUCAAAUUAAUUUCCUUUUGAUUUGGAUCUUUUAGCUCUUCUGUUUCCCUAAGUGGUAGGAAGUAUGUGAGAAAGGUUGUAAUGAAUGGUGAGGUGGCUGUAUACUUUAAUUUUAAGAAUAUGCAAUUUGAAAUGGCUUUUUCCAAUA